ACUGUAAUCCUACGUUGCAUAGAAAGUUUCGCACUCGAUGCGCUACCUCUGCUAGAGUUUUUAGAAGCUACAGGAUUCGUCACCGCAACUUUGGUUGAGUUUUCGUGGCGGCAAUCGCAACGACAUGGGUACGCUAGUGAAGCAAGUACUGCAGGCUUUCUUCCCCGGAAAAUGUUACGACGAGAUAAUUGUACGACACAACUUCGAAAAUGUGGGCUGCCUCAAGUUAGCAUUGAGCAAAUGCCUAGGCUACGGCAUCAUAGUUGGAUCCACACUGGUGAAAGUGCCACAGAUCGUCAAGAUCGUGCAGACGCAAAGCAGUGAAGGCAUCAGCGUCACCUCGGUCCUCAUGGAGCUGAUGGGCAUGACGGCUACAGCCGCCUACAGCUAUGCACAGCGGUACCCGUUCAGCUCGUGGGGGCGAGGGCCUGUUCCUGAUGCUGGAGACUGCGCUGAUCGCGGCGCUGGUGAUGCGCUACCGGGGCCAGACGAGCCGCGUGGUGGGCUUCACGGCCUCUUACACCUGCCUGCUGGCCAUGCUGAUGAUGAAGGUGUGCCCGUGCCCGUGCUCUGGUCGGCGCAGCUGGUCAGCCUGCCCGUCAUCAUCUGCGGAAAGCUCAUGCAGGUGUGGAGCAACUAUCGGCAGGGCCACACGGGCCAGCUGUCCCUGAUCACGUCAGCGUUGCUGUUUCUGGGUGGCGUGGCACGAAUCUUCACUUCGCUCACCGAAACCGGUGAUCCGCUCAUCGUGGUCACCUUCUGUCUCGCCACCAUCGCCAACUCGCUCAUCUUUGGACAGGUCUUGUAUUACUGGGAUGCCACUAACAAGCAAGUUCAAAAGAAGAAGACCAAGUAGCCUUUCAAUAAUGAAGCGGGGCACAUUGUGCGGGAAGCUUUGGGAACCUGGACGGUGAAACGAGGACAUAAGGGAAGAAAUCCCCCUUCAGAAGAGUGGUCAUCCUUUUUCCCAUUCAUUGUCUCGUGGCUGUGGUCCGGGCAGGUGCAGCUGACAGCUGUUGUUCCUUGACACCAGGCUGCGUGCCUCUGAAUAUACCACAGUGUAGGAUAGAUUGUCCCCUGGCAAGACAUGCUUAUGCCACCUGUGGUAAAUCUAUACCAGCAGCUGUGUAGAGGAAUGAAGUGACCAGUUUUUUGGGGAACUACUUUGAGAUGACGUCUCGUUUCACUGCUUUAUUAACUGUGGGGUUUUUUUACUUGAACAUUGUAUGUGUCUUGUCUUGUUGGACUUGUUUUUUUUGUUUAAGCCUUGCCAAGUGCCCAAUGACUGCUUCAGAAGCUUUAUUCUGUGAAGGAGUUGCUAGCUGCUCUUAUUUUUCUUAACAGACUCUUUUUCAUGCUCCCUUUUUUUUUUCAGCAUUUGUUGUGAUUUUCUUUUCAGCUCUGUGCCAAAGCCACAGUUCUAGGUCAAGCACGAGCCAGUCUAGAGUAUGCAAAAGUUGUUUCACUGUAGCCCCUUCUGGCACGGAACAUGCAAAAUAUGUGGAUAACAUUUGUCAUGCAAUAGAAGUCUGUGGGCUGCAGCAGAAUUCACUGUAUGAAAUGCUAACUAGAUGUAAUAAUGACACUUGCGCUGUUUCGGUUUUAACAGACGUGCCUUAGGCACACCUGUUUGCAUUUCGUUGCGUAGGGCUAUCUGCAACAUGUGUUGACGUCAGUCUAUGCUAUUGCACUACUGUAUGUUCUCCACUGUUGCGUCAGAUUAAUUUUCGGCAAUAUGCAUUAUCUUGUUUUUUAUUCAUGUUGUGCCAGCAUAUGCGAUGUGAAGCGUUCGUAAUGAUAUGCUGCUUGACUUUCUAUGAUGUUCAUAAAAGCUGACACUUAGUUUAUCAAAAUAUAACAGUUGUCAGCUGCAAUAAUAGCAUACGUGAGGAGUACCAGAAUGCAGUUUACAAAUUCAGAGUAUAAACAAUGCCAAAGCAAGGUAAGGCAUCAUCACUUCUAGCAAAAGCUUGCAAACUGUAUGUACAGCCAUUGGCAUUCACUACAUGGAAGUCAUGAAGAGAAUAAAGUCCUAUAAUGUAGCACUGUAGUGAAAUUCUCAUGCGGUACUUUCAAACGUGUUGGCGAAAAGCAAGCAAUUCAGCUUGCUCUAUCAGACAAAUAUAAUAGAUUCAUUAUUGAAUAACGCCCAUUUUCUAUAGCAUAAAGUACAAAUGAAAUAUACGUCCGGGAUCUUUGCCCAAGGAGUGUUGCAGUUUUCAAGGUGUACAUUAUCCUGCCUGUGUCACUUUCAAGUGCACUCUUGGCAAUACAUUUUGCAAGAUGGUGAUUUUUUUAGGAAGGUUGCAUGUACAUGUAGGUGUUUUGAGAAGAAAAAUGCAGUGGAGUGACAUCAAAGGGACCGACAACUGACCAUAUAGUGUCUUGAGGUUCUGGUGCUAUUAGGGAGAAUGUCGAACUCUGACAAUGAUAAACUCGAUAUUAUUGGUAAACAUAGAAUUUACAUCGGCACUCAAUGUUUCCCAAGAGGAGAUCAUGUUGUUACACUCGAACAUUGCUUAUAAGUACGCAUUCACCUUCCCUGAAUCAUGCAUCAGCUGUUUUCAGAUACAGUUCUUGUAGAUAAAAAGAUCGUUCAUGUUCAUAUAGCUCUUGGCACCCAGAUGUGUUAUUGCAAAAAACUGAUUGCUUGUGUAAAGAAUGGCGCUUCUCAGCUCAUGUAAACAUGAUGGCAUCAUUAGGCAUCUAUUAACAUGACAACUUGUAUGAACGAUUGCUGUACUUGUGUGAACCACUGUCAAAACUCAGUGCAAAUAUAUUAUAUGUUGCCAAUAA